AUGAGUCCUGUCUGCCUCUCUGCGGAGACCGUUCGGAUCAUUGCCGCCAUUGCAGUUGCGCUUAUCUGUGUGGCUGCGUACCCAUCAGAUGGCGCAAAGGCAGCAUUGGCGUUAGUUGAGCAAGGCCAAACCUCCGUAACAACCGUCAAAACCUGCAAGGCAGGCACACAUUCCAUUGAGUUGUCGCUCGAGCCCAACAUGCAUAGCGUUUCCUUCAAAUGCGGCGACACCAACGAUGGUAAGCUUGAACCCAGCACCACUGAAUAUUUCACGGGGGACGACGUGUCCCAACAAAAACAAAAUCUAACAACCGCAUUUGCGGACGCCACUCUAGAUGCGGAAGGGGAAAACGGCAACAAAGCUUACAAGCUCAGCAUCGGUCGUGAGACACGUACGGCCGAGAAAGACUUGUACUACACAUGCACCUUCACUAAUACUAAUGCGGUCUUAGGAGAAAGACGAGACGGCGAAAACCCUCAAGAAACGAAGUGCAAGGUCAAAAUCACCGUUAAACCUUUUCCACAAAGUCAGCAAGGAACCAAUGACGAGCAAGGAGACCAACCCAAUGACGAGCAAGGAGACCAACCUAAUGACGAGCAACAAGCAGGGCCCAUCGAAUGCACAGAUGCUGACACAACCAAAGAGACAAGUGCCUCCGCAGAAUCUCCUCUCUCAUUCAAAUGUGGAGCUGGAAUGUCCCUGCGCCCGACAAAUUUGACAGACGUGUUUGAUGACCAGGACGGGAAGUGCGCCGCUGAGGUUGCGCUGCAGACUCUCGUUGACGCCACUUUAACAAAAACUGAAACUGAAGCUACACAGAAGGGACAACCAGUAUACCAGCUUGCUGUGAAGACGGCUCCUCCUGAAGACACUGCCCUCUGCUACAAGUGCGUACCUUCAUCAUCCAGCGACACAGAAACAGAGAUACAGUCUGAAGGAGAAUCUAGUGCAAAAGAAUGCCUUCUGAAAAUAUCUGUGAAGGGAAGCGCGUCUUCCGCGUUUUCACCGACCUGGGGACCUGCCCACGGAGCCGCUGCUUUCUUUGUGGCAGCACAAUUGUUGCGAGGCAUGGUUGACGCGUAG